AUGCCCCCGAGAACAAUCCUCCCCAAAGAUGAACAAGGUUCAAGCGACGGAUUAGCCAGCAUGGCACCUCCAAAGUCGGCGAAGCGGAAAGCCGUUUCUUCUGCCUGCAUUCCUUGUCGCAAACGAAAGAGCAAGUGUGAUGGAGGGCUUCCCUCAUGUUCCACCUGUAUGGCGGUCUACCGAACAGACUGCAGCUACGACCAAGACACGGACCACCGACGCAAAGGUGCACUUCGAAAAGAUAUAGCAUCACUACAAAACAAAAAUACCGCGCUCGAUGUCGUCAUCAAUUCCUUGUGUGCUCUUCCAGAGCACGAGGCCACUGCAUUAUUUCACAGUCUUCGUCGGGGCGAAAGACUCGACUCCCUAGCCGAAGCCAUCAAUGCUGGAGAUACCGAAAAGCUGCGAACGUUGGAUACCGACCUCUCUGGGCCAAGCGGACCUCCAGGAGCCACAUUUCAUACGCAAGCUCCUUCAACACGAAACGAAUCGUCACGCAGUCCGACAGACGCAAAAUGGAACGAUGCAGGGAACCAGAGCGCAGUGACAGAAGGGUCAUCGUCUUGGUUCCGCGUACCUCAAGACGCCGAGUUUGUGGACCACCUACUCAACCUUUACUUUUCCUGGAGUCAUCCAUUCUUUUGCUUCUUCUCCAAAGAUCACUUCCUGCGGGACAUGUCUCGAGGUUCGACCAAGUACUGUAGCGCUAUGCUGGUGAAUGCGGUGUGCUCGGUUGCUUGCCAAUACUCAGACCGACCUGCAGCACGCGACCGAGCAGGAGACUACUUCUUUAGCGAGGCACAAAGACUAUCUGAGAACAUUGGCGCGGCAGAAUUGACGUCUGUCCAAGCUCUGGCGGUGAUGGCUGUCAGAGAGGGUUCUGCAGGCCGUGAUCACAUCAGCUAUCGCAUGAUUGGAAGAUCUGUACGUCUUGCUAUGGAAAUGGGCCUCCAUCUGGCAGAAACUACGGCAGGGGAGCCAAACUUGCGGUCCAGCGAGAUGGACAUUCGAAAGUUGACAUUCUGGGGCGUCUUCAACUGUGAGAUGAUCUGCUGUCUGGCAUUGGGCAGGCCAUCUUCAAUACCCAAGAAUGCUAUUGAGAUUGAUAAGCCUAUGAACUCGGAAAAGUUGGAUGCACUUUUCUGGCAACCGUACGAAGACGCCAACUUGCCAGUCAGUCCGAGCGCUGUGCAGCCUAUGAAAUGCCUCCUCUUCCACAGCAUUCAGAGCAAGCUCUCCGAGAUGAUCAAUGACAUCAACCUCAACCUUUACGCACCCAGAGAAAGAUUCACACCGCGCCGACUGGCGUCAGCAUAUCAUCAGUACCAAAUGUGGUACAGCGAGCUGCCUGAGAUGUUCCAGCUUCAAAAUACUGCAAUGCCGCACGUAAUCGUGCUUCACAUGUACUAUCAUCAAUGCGUCUUGCAUCUUUUCCGACCUUUCAUGAAGCUCGACCUUUCAGACAUUGGACUCUAUCCGCGGGAGCUGGCGACCUAUUGCGCCACAGAAAUCUCAAAACUCAUGAAUGCGCUCCGCGGAAUGUAUGGGCUGAGAAGAACGUCUUUGGCCGUUAGCCCCAUCCUUCUGUCGGCCAGCACAGUCCAUCUCAUGAACCUUCCCUCCCAAGGUGCAGCAGUGCAGCUCACCCAAGCAAUGCAGGACUUAGAAACGAUGUCUGUGAACCACCGUUAUGCCUCGUGCUGCUUGGAGAUAAUCAAUCGACUGGCAAACCAGUGGGGUAUCAGAUUACCUGAGGCCACUGCCAACUUAGCACCCUUCCGAUCUCCAGAACCUGGUCAAGCUAUGCCCAACAUGUCUCUGUUCUUCACCCAAGCAACACUCAGCAAUGAGUCUUUGGAAUCACUUGUCGCCCCUCCCACCCAAAAUCUUAGACACGACUCUGGUAGCAUGUUCGAACCAUCCUUUGCUCCGCAUAACAUGCCAAUCCUCCCGACAGGCAGUCAAUCAUCCUUGGGAGCAACAUCACAACACAGCAUGCAUUCUACCCCAAUGAACACCACCCCGGUCCAGGCACAAUCGGCCAUGUGGCCAUCAUUCCCACCUCAGCAAAUGUCAACACCAAUGCAGAUACAGUUACCGCCAACAGACUUCCCCAUGCUGAACGUCGACUCUUCAGCCUCGUUUGGAUACCAGAACUACCAGCAACCCCGAUGA